AAUAAUACAUUGUCAAAAUGGGAGUUAAGUUGUUUGUGUUCCUCAUGUUAAUAGUGGUUCUGGGUGUAGUGAAAGCCGCUGUUGUAAUAAAUGUAUUUAAAGAGGAUAACGAAUACACCUUGGAGGGCGGUUGCAACAACCGAGCAUGCGACCAGCUGUGUCGGCGACUCGGCUUCACAGGAGGCGUCUGUGUCGGCGACAGGUGCAAGUGCGACAACUUUUCUCCACUAUUAGAUAACGAAUACACCUUGGAGGGCGGUUGCAACAACCGAGCAUGCGACCAGCUGUGUCGGCGACUCGGCUUCACAGGGGGCGUCUGUGUCGGCGACAGGUGCAAGUGCGACAACUUUUCUCCACUAAUAGAUAACGAAUACACCUUGGAGGGCGGUUGCAACAACCGAGCAUGCGACCAGCUGUGUCGGCGACUCAGCUUCACAGGGGGCGUCUGUGUCGGCGACAGGUGCAAGUGCGACAACUUUUCUCCACUAAUAGAUAACAAAUACACCUUGGAGGGCGGUUGCAACAACCGAGCAUGCGACCAGCUGUGUCGGCGACUCGGCUUCACAGGGGGCGUCUGUGUCGGCGACAGGUGCAAGUGCGACAACUUUUCUCCACUAAUAGAUAAUGAAUACACCUUGGAGGGCGGGUGCAACAACCGAGCAUGCGACCAGCUGUGUCGGCGACUCGGCUUCACAGGGGGCGUCUGUGUCGGCGACAGGUGCAAGUGCGACAACUUUUCUCCCCAAAAGUCAGAUAACCUUGAAAAAUUUGCUUGCAACGACUCAUCAUGUAACUCCUUAUGUCGGCGAAAAGGCUACCUCUAUGGCGUUUGUGUAAACAACAAGUGCGAAUGCAGUAAGUUCUCAAAAAAAAUUACAUACGAUGAAAUAGAAAUCGUCAAUGGUGAAAAUGAAAAUCUUGUAGACUAUCAAAUUAUUUGAUUUUUCAAACAGUUAUUUUGUGAAAAUGCUUUCUCGCUGCAUAAUGAAUUACCUAUUUCGGUUUUGCAUUAUAUUUCGCUUAUCUUUCUACAUU